AUGGACCCGGACCUGGCGCUCCACCUCGAGAUCGCCGCGGUGGUCGUGAUGGCGGUGAUCAUCGUCGCCGUGGCCGUCAUGGCAUCCGGCGGAGCCUGCGACGACGCGGCCGGCGCCACGGGGAGCGCCGCGGUGCACGACGCCGACGUCGAGGCCGCCCUCGGCGACGACACGCUUAUGACGUACGAGCUGGCGACCGCCAGGAAGAAGGAGAAGGCGAAGGACAAGGCGAAGGAGAAGGAGGAGGAGGAGGAGGAGGAGCGGUGCGCCCUCUGCCUGUCUGAUUACGGUGAGGGCGACGCCGGCGAGCUAGUGCGAGUGGUGCCGGCCUGCGGGCACUUCUACCACGCGAGCUGCGGCGUCGACAAGUGGCUCCGGAAGCACCGGACGUGCCCGCUCUGCCGCGGAGGGCUCCGGCCGCAGCCGCCGCUGCCGGGGUUGCCACGGCCGGAGUGCCCGCCGAUGCCGCCGUCCCAUUAG